GCAACGUCACUCUGACUCAUUCAGCGCACUCUCAUUGCUAAUUUGCUAUUGGGUGCUUUUAGUCUUGUCAAUUUGAAGAGUUCGGGUCGAGGCGUCUCAGGUUCACAUCGAUGCUGGUUCGGAUUGAGAUCAUAGAAUCUUCGAAGUUUGAAGCACAGCGUUAUUUCGACUUCUCCACAAAAUUAAAACUGUUGAACCUGAACAUCUGUUAAAGUUUCUUAUUUUUUUAAUAAUGAUUUUGUUCAUUGAGAUGGGUGUACUUUUUCAUGUCAAAUUCUGGAUAUGGCGGGUAUUGCUGAAACAAUCCAUGUAAUCUGAUGUUUCAAUGCUUUCUACCGAAGCUUGUGUUGUGUUCGAUCAAUUGCCUAGUAGAAUCUUGGUUUUUAAUUUUGCUUUUUUCUAAAUUUGCUUUUGUUCUCAAACGGUAGCAUUUAUUUAUUUUGAAAUUUCAUUAUUCAAUUUAGCUUAUUUGUGAGGAUUAUGUCAAGGAAUUGCAAUUGGUUUAAUUUGCAGGGUGCAUUGCAUCGAUUGAGAGUCUAGAAAUCAAAAUGCAGGGUCUGUUCUAUGAAGUGGUAUUCACUCUUAUAUUUCCUUUUGAAUCAUCACUCAAAGGAAUAAUGGCAGGAAGAGAUAUUGCACUCUUUUAACAGUAUUUUCAGGGAAAAUAAUUGAGAGGACUAUGGAGGCGGAUGGACAGUUCAAGCCUUUUCUACAGUUACCUGUGAAAGGUUCAACUCUUGGAAAUGCAGAUGAUGUGGCAAUGUUAAGCUGUAAAAAGAUAGAUUUGAGGUGGAGUAAAGUCAUCGACAUUCCACGUAAAGGAAGUAAGCAUGAAUUAGCAAGAAGUAGCAUCAGUUGCCAAGGAAAGUAGAGGACUCAUCUCGAGGAGUCAUUUUUCUCUCAUGGCUGGAAAUUGGCCAUGAAGAAGCAUUGUCUUAUUGCCGGAGAAGGAAAGCUAUCUGAAGCAUUGGUACCUUCUGCAAAGAAUGGCAUAUAUUGCACAAAUGUACAGACAACAGAAGACCAGAGCAAGCCACAUCUGAGAGAAGAACUUCAAGCAUCUGGAUUUCCAUUUAUGACCAUGAAACGCUCAUAGUUACUCUCAUUACCCAUGUGGCAAGGAAUUGUGCAAUUUUGAAAUCCUUCCUGAUCAUCAAUCAUUUUGGUGAUAGUGCAAACCUGCAAGCCGUGCUGCGCAUAGCAAACACUUCUUUUGCCUUUCAAGUUGAAGAAGCAUCUCCUAUCAUCAAUGUCUAUCAGAGUGAUUGUACUGGCAUUGUUAGGGAGAAUCUCUAGUCUACUUAUUCAAGAAUCUGUCUCAUUUCUUGAAGUUGACGAUGACCUCGAACGGAUUGAAGCCCAAUUGAAGAAACAUGCUGAUGAUGCAGAGUUUGGCUUUGCAUAUCGCGGAAGGGAAAUUAUUUAUGACUUAGAAGAUGUAAUUGAUUCCUUAAUAACACAGUCAGCACUGGAAGACGGAAUUUCCUAUCCGACCAAGAAUGAAAUUCGUGAUCAGUUGGACAAAAUCAGCCAUCGUAUAGUUGGUGUCUAUUCGGGACCACGUAACUAUGCUGGAUCAUGGUGGAGCUCCUUUAACUUAUAUGACCUAAACCUGGGGAACACAGUUGUUUCCCCUGUUAUCAGUAAAUUAGAUGAUCUGGUUGCUAUGGAUCAAUCUAGUUCUGCUUUGAGAAAGAAGGCUAGAUGGUUAAGGGAUGAAUUUAGAAUACUGCACACUUUUAUAAGAGAGUCGGAGACAAAAGAAAUAAGCGAAAAUGGAAUGGCUUGGAUGGAAAACGUUUGUGAUGUCUCUCGCUCAGUAGAGGGUUCUAUUAAGCUCUUCGAGUCUAAAAUCGAACAGCAUAGCAGGAGUCGAAGAUGCCAGUUGGUGAAAUUAUCUUUAGCCUGCCUCAGUUUAGAAUUCCAACAGAAGCUUGUCAAGGAGUUGGAUCAGAUAUUGGCUAAGGUUCAAGAUAUCUUGAAGAGACGACUCGGUGUCAUUUGCCCAACACCCCCGUCAAGCCCCACAAGUCUUGGACCAUCAGCAUCUUCUUGCUUUGCCGAGAAACUUGAUAUCACCAGCUUCAAUGACGAUGCAGAUGAAAGUAUGACGAUGUUGCUGAAAGAUGAUCCAAAUUGUCUUUCCAUCUCCAUUGUUGGUAUGAAAGGCCUUGGUAAAACAUGCCUUUCUAAGUUAAUCUAUGAUAAUCAGGUUAUUCUAAAUCAUUUUCCUUACCGCGCUUGGGUGUCUCUACAUCAUCAGUAUUGUCCACGAGCUGCAGAUUACUUCGUGCAAGAAAUUACUGGGAUCCAAGUUCAUGGGAUCCGCGUAUAUGUGACUGGCCUACUCAUUUGUGCAUUAAGGCAGAUACUCAAUAUUUUCUUGAUGGAUAGAAGAUCUCUCUUUAUUUUUGACUGCAUAACCACAAACUAUGUUCGGGAUGCACUGAGAAGCUUGUUAAACAGCACAUCAAAUAGAAUGAGAAUAAUUUUCAUUGUCCCCCACGCAUGUGUAAAUCAACAAGUUGAUGAGAGAAGUUUUAUCUACAAAUUGCAUCUUCGAAGUGACGAUGAGACCUGGGCAUUGUUUACUCAUACCUUAAAAGUGAGCAUUCCAGCAGAGCUGCUUAAACUGAAAAGCAAGAUUUUGAGAACUUGUGGGGGCUUGCCAAAAGUGAUUGUGGAGUUGGCAGGAAUACUUUCACACACGACUAUGGAGGAGUGGUCGACAGUACUUGAACAGCUCAAUCAAGACGAGGAGCCUUGGUCAGAACCCUUGCAUGAGAUUUAUAAAAAUAUGCCCUUGUACUUGAGGCGGUGUCUCUUCUACUUCGGAUUAUUCCCCAAGGACUUCAACAUUCCAGCAAGAAGAUUGAUUGUCUUGUGGGUUGCUGAGGGCUUGGGCUGGAAAGAGAACAUCGAUGAACCUCCAGAACAGGUUUCAGAGAGUUGCUUAGAAGAGCUUGUAAGCCAGAAUGUGGUUCAAGUGACAAAGGAAGCCAACUUUCUCCAAGGUCACUCCUCUCCCAGAACUUCUAUAGUACGUCGUGUUGCCGAUCAUCUUGAUAGCAGAGAUGGCACAUUUGAUGUCAUCCAUCGUGAAAAUAAACCCUCUUCUUCUAUGUAUUCUUGUUCUAGAGAAGUCAUUUCUUUCCUGUCUUUUGACACUCGAGAUGGUAGCAAACCAGGACAAGAAAUAGGGGACUUCUUGGAACUGUGCAUUUCUCGCAAGUGCUUAUUUGAUCUACAGGUGUUAGAUCUCGAACAUGUAUUCCAGCCAAAGUUACCGGAGACAACAGCUAAGCUCACUCGAUUGAAGUACCUGGGCUUGAGAUGGACUUGCUUAAAGAAGCUUCCUUCAUUUAUCUGCAAAUUGCUUAACCUUCAAACUUUGGACUUGAAGCGUACUUCUAUUGACACCCUUCCUAGUUCAAUAUGGUUGAUGGAAAAAUUGCGUCAUCUGUAUUUGGACAAGCGCAAUAGCUGUAGAUUCGUUUGUCGACCGAAUGGCAGGUCCUUCAUGGAUCUCUGGACAUUAUGGGGCUUAUUUGUAGAUGAGGAGAGUCCAGUAAAAGAUGGUCUUGAUACAAUAAUGAAUAUCAGGAAAUUGGGAUUGGCUUGUCGGCUUAUGUCGUCUCGACAAGAGGCAAUGUUUUCACAACUAGAAGCAGUAGCAAAUUGGGUUCAAAAGCUGGAGCAUCUUCAACGUUUGAGGUUGAAAUCAUAUGAUCAAUCAAAUCAACCAUGGGAGCUGCCCUUGAAGUCUUUAUCAGGUCAUUCAUGUCUCACUAGUAUAUACUUGGUUGGAAAGCUAAAAUAUCAAAGUAUUGUGUCUGAAUUCCCACAGAAAAUUAUUGAGAUUACCUUGUCAGCAUCAGGACUCACAGAAGACCCAAUGCAAAUGUUGGACAAGCUUCCUAACCUUAAAUUUCUGAGAUUGUUAUCCAAAUCUUACACAAGAGAGACUAUGCUUUGCUCUGCAAAAGGAUUUCCUGAGCUUCGCGUCCUUAAGCUCUGGGAGCUAGAGUCACUAGAGGACUGGAAUAUGCAAGAAGGAGCCAUGCCUCGUCUUAAAGAUUUAGAGAUCAGGUCUUGUAAGAAUUUGAGGAAUCUUCCCAAUGGUCUCCAAUAUAUGAGCACUCUCUACUUGUUCAAAUUAUCUAAAAUGCCAAGAGAGCUUAUAGACAAGAUUAAGGACGAUCAAGGCAUUGAGCAUGCGAAAAUUGCACAUAUACGCAAUGUCUUCAUCAAGGAUUAGCUGCUUUUGUGGCGUGGUACUUGGCUCCUGAGUAUGCAUCCGGUGGCAAGUUGACAGACAAAUCUGAUCUCUUCUCCUUCCGCUAAAGGGUAUUUGAGAUCUCUUGUGGAUAGAAAGUUGGUGUGAUACACGAAGGGAUUGUCGAAAAGUCUGUUUUUCCUUUGUGUGAAUGUAUUUUCACGAGCUUUUUUCUCUGAUAAUUUUUUUAAGGGACCCUUUUGUUUGUUUUCAUUAAUUAUGGGAUACCUUUGCUGCUUGUUCUUGUUCAAUUUGAUUUUCAGAUGGUUCAUUGGUAUUAUUUUGUCCUCUGUGUCCAAAUGUGGGAUUUUGGUAUCUUUGGUCUUGCAAUUAGGCUUUGUAUAUCACUGUGGGCAUGUUUGUUGUUGCUGCAAUUAUAGUUGCUCUCUGUUAGCUUCUUUGAAAUUUCUUGAAUAUGUGAGAGUUUACACCUGCUUA